AGCUGCCUUGUUUAAUAAUUAAAUAGUCCUCAAAUUUAUUUUAAUUUCCAUUCUACGAAAUCAUGUCUUCCCGAAAAGCUGCUGGUCGUCGUGGAACCACGAAGAAGCGUGCACAGCGUGCCACUUCCAAUGUUUUUGCCAUGUUCGAUCAGGCACAAAUCGCAGAGUUUAAAGAAGCCUUUAAUAUGAUCGAUCAGAAUCGCGAUGGGUUUGUGGAAAAGGACGAUUUGCAUGAUAUGCUGGCCUCGCUGGGUAAAAACCCCACCGAUGAGUAUCUGGAUGCCAUGAUGAAUGAAGCGCCAGCAGGUCCAAUAAACUUUACCAUGUUCUUAACACUCUUCGGUGAGCGCUUGCAGGGCACUGACCCCGAGGAUGUGAUCAAGAACGCCUUUGGCUGUUUCGACGAGGAUAACACAGGCGUGGUGUCAGAGGAUCGUCUGCGUGAGCUGUUAACCACUAUGGGUGAUCGCUUUACGGAUGAGGAUGUGGACGAGAUGUUCCGUGAAGCACCUAUUAAGAAUGGUCUAUUUGAUUACAUCGAAUUCACUCGCAUACUCAAGCAUGGCGCCAAGGACGAGCAGGAGGCUUAAGUCGACUUAAAUUUAUGUAACUUUUGUGCCACAUUUUAUAAUUUUCCAAGAAAGGCAACUAACUACUUAAGUCCCACUAAAACAUUCACAAUUUAGUUGUAUGUGAAAGUAUUGAUUAGAACAAUAAUAUUAAAUGUUUACAUGUUAACUUAAA